CUUCUUCUCGGUAGGGUUUUUAGUUGGCAAAACUUUAUCUUCUUGUUCGACUAGCUAUCUCUCUAAAGUCUUUCCCUUCAUGGCUCCAGUCCUAAGUAGAAGUUUAGCUACUCCAUCUUUAGCCUCUCUCCCUUUGACACACCCCAACAAGGCCUUCAAUCUCAGAAGCGCUUUUCUACCUCCAAAUGGCCUAACCAAGGCCUUCUCUUGCACUGGAUUGAGGUGGAAACUUGAGAAGAGAAACAACCGAAUAGCUUUUCGUUGUGAAGCUUCGGCAGUGGCUGAGAAAGAGGCUGAAGAGACCUCCGGGGAGAAAUUUGAGUACCAAGCCGAGGUUAGUCGCUUAUUGGAUUUGAUUGUUCACAGUCUAUACAGCCAUAAAGAGGUGUUUUUGAGAGAGCUUGUAAGUAAUGCGAGUGAUGCUUUAGAUAAGCUUAGAUUCUUGAGCGUGACUGAGCCUUCUCUGCUUGGAGAUGCUGGAGAACUAGAGAUUCGCAUCAAACCCGAUCCAGAUAACGGGACUAUCACUAUAACAGAUACGGGUAUUGGAAUGACAAAAGAAGAACUCAUUGACUGUCUUGGAACAAUUGCUCAAAGUGGUACAUCUAAAUUUCUUAAGGCUCUUAAGGAAAAUCAGGAUCUCGGGGCAGACAAUAGUUUGAUUGGUCAAUUUGGUGUUGGAUUCUAUUCUGCUUUUCUUGUUGCUGAGAAGGUUGUUGUAUCCACAAAGAGUCCAAAGUCAGAGAAGCAAUAUGUUUGGGAAGCUGCAGCAGACAGCAGCUCCUAUGUGAUUAGCGAGGAAACUGAUCCAGAAAAGCUUCUAGCCCGUGGCACACAGAUUACACUUUACUUAAGGUCAGAUGACAAGUAUGAAUUCUCGGAUCCCGCCAGAAUUCAGAAUUUGGUGAAGAAUUACUCCCAGUUUGUUUCUUUCCCUAUCUACACUUGGCAAGAAAAAUCAAGGACAGUUGAGGUAGAGGAGGAAGAACCACCAAAAGAAGGAGAAGAAGUAAAGCCAGAGGAUGUGAAGAAAAAGAAGACAACUAAAACAGAGAAGUAUUGGGACUGGGAAUUAGCAAACGAAACAAAACCAAUAUGGAUGCGUAAUCCUAAGGAAGUUGAAAAAGAAGAGUACAAUGAAUUCUACAAGAAGACUUUCAAUGAGUUCUUGGAUCCACUUGGAUAUACUCACUUCACUACCGAGGGUGAGGUGGAGUUUAGGAGUGUUCUGUACAUUCCCGGCAUGGGUCCUCUGAACAAUGAGGACGUAGUAAACCCAAAAACAAAGAACAUACGCUUGUAUGUGAAACGUGUAUUUAUCUCAGAUGAUUUUGAUGGAGAGCUGUUUCCACGAUACUUGAGCUUUGUGAAGGGUGUUGUGGACUCUGAUGAUCUUCCACUUAAUGUUUCUCGAGAGAUCCUCCAAGAAAGCCGUAUUGUGAGAAUUAUGAGAAAGAGGCUUGUCAGGAAAACAUUUGACAUGAUUCAAGAAAUUUCUGAAAGUGAAAAUAAAGAGGAUUACAAAAAGUUCUGGGAGAACUUUGGCAGGUUCCUAAAGUUGGGAUGCAUUGAAGACACUGGUAAUCAUAAGCGUAUAACACCAUUACUUAGGUUUUACACAUCAAAAAAUGAAGAGGAAUUGACAAGUUUGGAUGAGUACGUUGAAAAUAUGGGAGAGAAUCAAAAGGCUAUUUAUUACUUGGCAACUGACAGCUUGAAAAGUGCCAAGACUGCUCCAUUUUUGGAGAAAUUGGUUCAAAAAGACAUUGAGGUUCUCUAUUUAAUUGAGCCCAUCGAUGAGGUUGCCAUCCAAAACCUGCAGACCUACAAAGAGAAGAAAUUUGUUGAUAUUAGCAAGGAAGACUUGGAGCUCGGUGAUGAAGAUGAGGUAAACGAGAGGGAAACCAAACAAGAAUUCAAUCUUCUCUGUGAUUGGAUAAAGCAACAACUGGGGGACAAGGUGGCCAAAGUACAAAUUUCAAAGCGACUAAGUUCAUCACCUUGUGUGCUUGUUUCUGGCAAGUUUGGAUGGUCAGCUAACAUGGAAAGAUUGAUGAAAGCACAAGCGCUAGGAGAUACGGCAAGUUUGGAGUUCAUGAGGGGAAGGAGGAUCCUGGAGAUUAAUCCAGAUCAUCCUAUUAUUAAAGACUUGAAUGCUGCAUGCAAGAAUGCACCCGAAAGCAGUGAUGCCAAGAGAGCUGUUGACUUGUUAUAUGAUACAGCAUUGAUCUCCAGUGGUUUUUCUCCUGACAGCCCUGCUGAGUUGGGUAACAAGAUAUAUGAAAUGAUGGCAAUGGCACUCGGAGGAAGAUGGGGUAGAUCAGAGGACGAGGAUGAAGUUGAAGAAUCAGAAGUUAGUGUUGCUGAAACUGAUGCGAGUGCAAGUGAAGAAGGCUCAGAGAACCAAGUUAUUGAACCAUCGGAAGUAAGGACGGAGAGUGAUCCUUGGCAAGAUUAAAAAUGUCAUGUAAAAUUUAAAUAAAACUUUUGACAAAGAAUCACCAGAUGAAAAGAAAAAAACAUUUGUGGGUUUGGCUGGGAAAGUUGAGGAGAUCAGUCAUAAUGAAUCAUGGCUGUUCCUAUGGUGGAUGAAAGUUUUAGUUA